CCUGCAUUGACCGACGUGUAUCAAAUUUAUGUGUGUACACGUGCGAAUUUGAAAAUAACUAGAAGUGAUCUUUAAUGGAACUUUUCAUGUAAUUUUAUAUCCUCGGCAUAAUGGCUCCUAGAACAAGCUUCCAGCCAAGUUCAAAAAGAAAAUAUGAUAGUGAUAUCAAUUGUUCUAAGAAGAUGAAACUUCAUAAAGCAUCAUGUGAUGAAGAAUCUGAAGACAAUAUGAAAUAUGAAUUGCUGAGCUACCAGAGCAUAAUGGAAGGUAUGCUGAUUUUAGGUUGUAUUGUUGAAAUCAGGGAACACUAUUUCAUCUGCUCUUUGCCUGGUUGCUUAACUGGUAAAGUCCCUGUAACAAAUAUAUCUGAUAAGUGCUCUGAAAUAUUGAAGGAUGAAAAUAGCACUGCACAAGCAGAAAAGCCUUUUUUGCAAUCAAUCAUUAAAUUAGGUAUGGUUAUUCCAUGCAAAGUUAUGUCAAUUACUGCUGCUAAGUUUGGAAGAAUUCCUGAUGUUAUUUUAUCAAUUAAUCCGCAAGAUGUGAAUGGAAAUCUCAAGAGUAGCUCUUUUUAUUCCAACAUGAUUCUUUAUGCAUCGAUAAGAAGUGUAGAAGAUCAUGGAUAUGUAUUAGAUGUUGGUGUUCCUGGUUUCCAAGGUUUUAUUCGGAGUUAUGUAGAUGAUGAAGAGAAACUUUCGCUUGGGGAAGUAGUUCCAGUUAUUGUAAAGAAAACUCCUAAAGCCUCAUUUAAUGUCCUUCAGCUUUCAAAAUUAAGAUUAGAUGAAACUUAUCCCAUGAUUGAGGAAGAAAACAUUAAGCUGUCAUCAAUCCUUCCUGGGUCUUGUAUAAAUGCUUAUGUAACAGAGGUGAAGCACCCUUUUGUGAUAAUGACAUAUCAAAAUUUUAAUGUAUGUGCCAGUGGUCUGUCCUUGAAGAACCCAGAGAAACUUUUAAGUGAUGAAGUUCUUUGUAAAGUUUUGUAUAUUCAUCCUGUUACUCAUGUGAUCUAUGUGUGUUUUGGAACUACACCUACCCCUAAAACAUUUUCAAGUUAUUUUGGGUUUAAAAAAUAUGAUUUAGUUCCAAAAGUCAAAUUUCAGUUUUGGCAUUGCAAUCAAGGAUACUGCAGAAUUAGAAAAUCAUGCUUUGGCUUCUUUCAGAAAAGGGAUAUGAAAGAAAACAGAAGUACAUCUUAUGAAGAAUUGAAGGUUGAGACUGAAAUUCCAAUGGCUCGAGUACUUGCCUUCCAUUACAUGGACAACCUGGUUGAAUUAACUAUUAAAGAAAGUUGGAUUAAUCAGAAAAUAGUAUAUCCUGAAGAGAUUCAAAUUGGAAAUGUUUUCCAGGGAACUGUGAGAAAGCAUCUACCAUUUGGAAUGUUUGUUCGCAUAUGUCCGGGAUUUACUGGUUAUGUUAAACAUAUCCACAUGUCUGAUGUUCAUGUGACUAAACCUGAGAAACUAUUCCCUGUUGGGAUAAAAGUUAACUGUAAAGUCGUAGCCCUCAUACCAAAUCGAAAACCAUAUUUUACUUGCAAAGAAUCAUUGCUGAGUCUUCCUUCUUCCGCAAUGCUUUCAUCAUAUGAAGAUGCAUCUAAAGGAAUGCUUGUUACAGGGGUAGUAAAGAGCAUCGAAAAUCAUUGUGUUUACGUUUUGUUUUUUCAAAACAUUCAGGGGAAAUUGCCAAUGGAGUCUCUACCAAAGGAAUGUGUAUUGUUCAUUGGUCAAACAAUUAGUUGUGAAAUUGAUUUUUGUGAUCCAGAAAAGAAAAGACUCAAGCUUUCUCUUAAGAAUGUAGGAUUUCAGUCUAGUGAUAACUGUCGUGGUUUAGUCAAUUUAAACAAAGGCAGUAAAACUUUGAAAAAAGAGAAGAUUAUAGCAAAACAGGAUUCUUCAGUUGACUGCCAAUUUGAAGAAGAUAUCCCAUGUAAAGCAUUAAUAAAGGGAGUUACUUCAAAUCAGAUAAAUCUUCUCUUGCCUGGUAAAGUGCAUGGUCGAGUUCAUAUAACUGAGUUGGGAUGUACAGAAGAGGGUGUUUCUCCAUUGAAAACAUAUUCUAAAGAUGAACACAUUGAUGUGUAUGUCAUAGGAAAUUUCCUGAAGAAGUGUUGCAAUUAUCUGGAAAUUAGUCACAGAAAUAUGGUCAAGUUUUAUGAAUGUUCUCUGAGUUCCCCCCCUCCCAUUUCUUUGACGGAACAUUUCGAGAUUGGCAUGCCUCUUUUGGGAUUUGUGAAUAAGGUAGAUGAUUUUUGUUCAACUUUGUGGCUUUCUCCUUAUCAGACUGGUAAAUUAGAACAUAUUAACUUUGCCGAAUGUCCAAAGACUCUGCGAAAACUAAAGAAGAACUUGCGAAAGGGAGUUUCUGUAUUUGCUUCUGUGUUAGAAGUGGAAGAUUCUGAUGACGGAAAAUCUUCAUCUAAAAGAGUUGUUCUGACUAAGAUAGGUUCUACUUUGCCCGAAGUGGGGAGUAAUAUUGUAGGUAUGAUUCAAGUUGCUUGUCCUAAAAAAAACAUAGUUGUGAAGCUACCUAAUGGAUAUUAUGGUUCUAUAGAUCUAACUGAUACACAAGAUGUUUAUACACCACUGGAUUUCUUCUUUGCUAAACUGAAAAAACUUAAAUAUGUGUUAUGCCAUGUGUUAGACGUAAAUCAUGACACUAAAUUUUGCUCCCUAUCAUUAAGAAAGUCAAGGUUGUAUAAACAGCAUCCUAUCAAUGCAGAUACAUUUUGCCCUGAAAUAACCAUUGAUAAUAUAGGAAUUGGAAGUUCAGCUAAGGGAUUUGUGAAAUCAGUGUCAAAUAGCAACCUCCUUAUAAACUUUGGGCGUAUGCUUGAUGGUAAGAUUGAAUUACAUAAAUGUACCCAUGAGUGCUCUGAAUGUAAAUAUUCCAAAAACCUGAUAAAGAAAUAUCCAGUUGGGAGUAUUAUUGAUGUGAUAAUUGGAGAACUGGAUACAGAUAAUGAAUUUUACUCCCUUUCUGAGAUAAAACCAACAUCUUUAAAAAACAAAAGUGUCAAUCUUCCAUGGGAUGAAGAUAUGUAAAUAGUUUUGUUUGUCAUGUACAUACACAUUAAAAGUUUUCAUAC